UACAUCCGGGGCGCCGCGGGGGUCCCCGAGCGGAGACCCUGCGACAUCGCCCGCUGCUCAGAUGCUACAGCUGCCACAGCCCCAGUCCCUACAGCAGAAGUUGGUACUUCUCAGGAGGUCAACCAGGUGUUUGAACCAGCUGAUACCUUGCCCUCCCGGAGUGAGGCAGCCGCUGUGCAGCCCGUCAUUGGGAUCAGUCAGAGAGUGCAGAUGAACUCCAAAGAAAAGAAGGACUUAGGGACACUAGGCUAUGUGCUGGGGCUGAUCAUGAUGGUGAUAAUCAUUGCCAUCGGAGCCGGCAUUGUCCUGGGAUACAUCUAUAAGAGAGGGAAAGACCUGAAGGAAAAGCAUGAACAGAAAGUUUAUGAGCGUGAAAUGCAGCGCAUCACACUGCCACUCUCAGCGUUCACCAAUCCUGCCUGCGAGCUUGUAGAUGAGAACACAAUUGUGGUGCACACCAACCAGACACCUGUGGAGGACAUGCACGAUGGCAGCGGCCCGCUCAUGGGGCAGGCGGGUACUCCUGGUGCCUGAGCAGCUUGGGCAGGAGGGAUACAGGCUGAGUAAAGCCUCCAGCUUCCCACUGUGAGUGCGGGGGUUGCGUGUGUUCAUUUCUAUUUUGUUUUCUUUUUGAUGAAAGCCAGAUGAAGGUGAUGCAGAGGGACAGAGCAACAGGCUAUUCAUCACGGUCUGUUUGAGGGACACCAUUCAGUGCAUGACCAGCUGGGGACUGGUGUGGUGGACCCUGCUGCUUCCUCCCACCUAUCUCUAUGGCAUGCCAAGGAGCUGGGGGGGAUGAUGGGCCAGGCUCACAACUGGCCGCAGAUCCCAUAGCCUGGAGUGUGGUCUUGGCUUCCUCUUUUUCUGUUCCUAUUUAAUGGUGUGCACUGUUACUUAAGUUUCAGCCUGGAACCCCAGGAGGGAGCAGUACUGCAGGGACUGAGGGGAGCUUCAGUCAGACUUAGCUAGAUAAUUACACUCUGAUUAUAGUUCCUGCCUUUUUGCUUUAGUGGCUGAGAGCUGGAGGCACUGUCCAGAAUCCUGCUACUGGAUCAGUUUUUUUUCCAAGGAAGAGUUCAUUUGGGGGAUGGCUUUGGCCAGGAGCAGUAUGUUUAGCCCCAGUGUCAAUUUGGAAAAGCUCUUCUCAAGCUCUUGACAAAUCCAGGUCUUCCAGGGCUGAGGCCACAUCUCCAUUCCCCUGUGGUGCUACAUGCACAGCCACAGUUGUAGGCGUCCAGGUGGUGUGUGCCUCCUGCUCACUUAACAGAUCAGGAGACCAAAGGCCAGCAGUAGAUAGUUGUGAAGAAAACAAACUGCCCUUCAGUUACCUACAGCAGGUUGAGCACUGAGGAUAGAUAACAUCCUCUUCCCAAUUCCCUUGGCUUUCUACAGAGCCAGCUCUGGACAGAGUGGCCAAGCCAGCUGUGGAGAUCACCCCGGCCAUGAUGCAGCAGCAGCUCUUGCUCUAAGGGCAGGACAAGGCAGCUGCUCUUGCAAGAUCCCAAAGUUACAGCACGGCUCCUGGCCCAGCCUCCUUCACACACACUCAGCUUGCGCAGCAAGACUACUUGCUUACAGAGCCUGGCCCUAUUGAGAGGUUUUGUAACAACUUUUAUUAGCAUUUCAGGGGGUUUGGAAGGGAUGGUUGCUGCUGUGUCUCCC